GCUUUCCACAACUUUAUUUGCUCUUUUUCACCUAUUCUUCUCUCCACUCUCUCUUCCUCUUUUCUUUUCCCUGACCCCUAUCCUGCAGCUCAAGGUAACUUAGAGCAGGAAGUUGGCUGUUGGUAAAAGGGGGUUGGGCGGAGGAAAGGGGAGGAGCGGGCAAUGUGUCAGAGCUGAUUGGUGUGUGCAGUGUCCAAUGGCGUAGGAGGACCCUGUCUUCUCAUUGGUUACAAGUGUUGGAUUGAGGUGGGAGCCGGGUGUGAGGCGGGGUUUGAGUAUCAUGUAGCAUGCUAGAUUGAUUACUCUUGAAUGUUAAAGGGGAAGGAGGCUAGAGAUUUUUGUCUGUGAGUCGGGAGUGCCGCUGUACUGUUUGCCUGCUGUUGCGCUGGCUUUCUAUUCCCUCUCGCCCUCUUCUCUGCGCCGGGCCAGGGGUCAACUCAAAGACAAACGCACAGGUCACUGGUUAGAGAGAGGGAGAGCGGUUAGAGAGUAAAAAAGAGAGAGAAAUACAGAAGGUCAGCGAGUUGAGGAGACUUGGUCAAGAGAGAAACAGGAGAGACUGGGCUGUAUGUUUAGGCAGGAGGAGGACGCUGGGGGGCUGCUGAAGGAGACAGGGUAAUGUGUAAAGGGAGAGUGGGAGAGAGAAGGGGGGAGGGGUAGAAGAAGGGGGGCUUGUUCUUCUCUGUGUGUCCGGGCUGAGAGCCUUUUUAAAGCCAUCCAGUGGAGCCAGAGUGCCUUUUGUCUGUUGAUACGAUCAGGGGACUGGAGGAAGCGAGGGAGCUUGAAAGAGUUUUUCUGUCAACCUCUGUGCCUCUUCUUCCUGCUGCCGCUGCUCUAAAGGAGACUUGAACAGGGCUAUCUGUUUCCCUCUGUUCUGCUCUACUCCAAUAGGGCAGACCGUUCACCAUGAAGGGCACAGGGCAGAGUAGAGGAUGUCGGCAGAUGCGUUUGGAGCCGGGGGCAGCGAUGCCCAGCAAACCCUGCAGUCCUUCUGGCCUCGUGUCAUGGAGGAGAUCAGGAACCUGACUGUGAAGGAUUUCCGUGUGCAGGAGUUGCCUCUGGCUCGAAUCAAGAAAAUUAUGAAGCUGGAUGAGGAUGUCAAAAUGAUUAGUGCAGAGGCCCCGGUCCUUUUUGCCAAGGCAGCUCAGAUCUUCAUCACAGAGCUCACCCUCAGAGCAUGGAUCCACACCGAGGACAACAAGAGACGCACGCUACAGAGGAACGACAUUGCCAUGGCGAUAACAAAGUUUGACCAGUUUGACUUCCUGAUUGACAUUGUGCCCCGGGACGACCUGAAGCCCCCUAAACGACAGGAGGAGAUGCGUCAGUCAGUAGCUCCAGCAGAGCCGGUGCAGUACUACUUCACCUUGGCCCAGCAGCCUGGAGCCGUACAGGUGCAGGGAACACAGCAAGGCCAGCAACCUGGUGCACAAACAGCCACGACCAUCCAGCCUGGACAGAUCAUCAUCGCACAGCCACAGCAAGGACAGAGUGCACCGGUGGCCAUGCAGGUGGGUGAGGGCCAACAGGUACAGAUUGUCCAGGCUGCAGCAGCUCAGGGUCAGGCUCAGACCGCUCAAGCCCAGGGCCAGACCAUGCAGGUCAUGCAGCAGAUCAUCACCAACACAGGAGAGAUUCAGCAAAUCCCGGUGCAACUAAACACGGGCCAGCUACAAUACAUUCGUCUAGCCCAGUCUGUCUCCGGAGCACAAGUGGUCCAAGGACAGAUUCAGACUCUCGCCAACACCCAGCAGGUAAUCACAAUAGUAGCAAAAAGAACAUUCAGAAAACAAACGAUCUUAUAUCCAAACAUUUACAUUGCUCAAUUGUUUAUUUUAUUUAACUUGUUUUAUUUUCAGAUCACACAGACAGAGGUACAGCAAGGACAGCAGCAAUUCAACCAGUUUACUGACGGACAGCAGUUGUAUCAGAUUCAGCAGGUGACGAUGCCAGCAGGACAGGAGCUGACCCAACCAAUGUUCAUUCAGUCCACCAACCAGACAGCUGAUGCGCAGGUCACGCAGGUCAGCACCGACUGAGACCAACCAGGAACCUUUACAUCACACACACAACAUGCACACCAGCCCAUGUGAUGCCGACAGAUGCCACCAACUUUGACAAAGGACACUCGAUAACCUUGACCUUAAGCACUGCUCAUUUAGAUGAGGGACCUGAAAUCUUGUAACACUCAUUUUUUUUUUGGUAAUAAAUUUAGCACACUGGAUCAAAAAACCAAAGGGACACUGAUUGACUCUUUCACAAUCACAUGCUAAGUUGCAUCCAUGCUUCAAUUUUUUUUUUCUACUUCUGUCACCCACAUCUGUAGAGAAAAUAUGCAUUUACUGCCACAGUCAACCGUCUCUCUACUGACCAGCUCUGUUCUUCUUCUCGUCUUUGUCCAAACAUCAAAGAUUUUUAAAACAUAAAAAAGUAUGUGCUUUAUUCUUGACACCUCCCCUUCGGCUCUCCAUUUGGAAAAGAAUUGGGAAAGUGUCUGUCUCUGUCUACAUGAUCUGGUCCUGGCAUACCUGUGAUUGAAGGAAGCCAUACAAUUCUACACCCCCUGCUCUCCUUCUGGUGAAAACAUGAAUCAAACCUUCUUCAUUGUUUGUCAUGUAAUUGAUGGAUGAAAUGAAGCCAUAUACCUCAGAUAUCACUUCUUACAGCAACUCAAUCUAAGGGAUCUCGAGAAGAAGUUAUAGGUUCACUGAUAAUUUCAUGUAGUUUCUACGUUGUGUUAUUUUUGUUAUUGACGAUGAAGCAUGAAUUUAUGUUGUAAGGGCUUCAAACUGUAUAGAUUAACUAUGUAUGUGAUGGUGUCUGUGUGCUUAUCUUUCAAGCACCCACACCACAGUCAUCUUUACUUUUCCAUUUUGUUUCUUUACUCACUUACUUUCUUCACCCCUCUGUCUUUAGAGCCGGGAAACUCUUCCCUGCCUCUGUGCAGUUUCACACAACCUUCUCUACCCGGGUGGUUUUUGAGUCUUGUGCCCUGGUUUAAGUCUCAUGUAUAAACACAUGACUCUGUCUGGAGGAAAAAAAAAAAACUCCCUUUUUAUAGAACUUUUUUUUUUUUUUAAGUACAAGUGUUUUUGGUUUUGAAAAUUAUGUUUGGCCUCAUAUCUUCCCCAUCAUUUUUGUACAGUAAUGAUUAUUAUCAAUGUUCUUUUUAUUGUUGAUUUUGCAUGUAGUUUGAACUGCCAGCAUGACAUGCAAUAGAUAGGUACAAUUUUAUUUUUCAUGUUCCUUUUUGUAAACAAACUUUGUUUGUGAGGAAAAAUAAACACCAUAACUUGUCUGAGAGUCCU